UGUUGUUCUCGUUUAGUGGAGUGGAGUUUUUAGUUGUGCAGUAAGUAGGGAGUGCAGGUGGCUUUGAACAUAACAGCUUCACCGACAGAUAGAGAGUGGCGUAGUUGGCAGGAUUUCUGGGGAAGAUGACUGAUCCAGUUGGCGUCACCAAAGUCUUUUGGAAUAAUGGAGAGAAGCUGCGAAAACUUGAAGUUCAGGUAGCCACUCAACAAAUUAAUUUUGCAGAUGAUGAAGCCAGAAGUAAUGCUAGAGACAACUUGCAUACUGAAAGAGCCGUGGGCCCGUCGCAGGUACUUAGGCCAUUACAGGCCCAAGAUAACAUAGAAGUUUACUUGCUCGGAUUUGAACGUACUGCCACACAGCAUAAUUGGCCGCGAGGAGAAUGGGCACAGAUCCUUGCCCCCUUCUUAACAUGUGAACUGCAGCAGGCCUACUAUGAUUUAGAGCAGUGUGCCAUGGAGGAUUAUAACGUACUGAAAAAAGAAAUCCUCACAAGGUGUGGACUAAAUUCAGAUUGUCAAGCACAGAAAUGUAGGGCCUGGCGUUUUGAUCUUGAGAAGCCUGCACGCUCCCAAGCCUUUGAACUCUGGGACAAGUUGGCCCGAUGGCUGAGACUGGGUGAAAACACGGUUGAGAACAUUGUAGAGAUGAUUUCAUGUGACUACCUUGUGCAUGCACUGCCUGAAGACCUUGCCAGAAUUGUACAAAGACAUUACUGGGCUAAUAUGGUGGGUCUAUUGAAAAUAAUUGAAAGGUAUCAGACUGCUCUUCGUCCAGAACUCCCAGAAGAAAAACGACAGACCAGAUCAUCACGGCUACAGAGAAGUGAACACGAGAAAAAGGAAGCAGAAUUUGGUGCUAGGAGAAAGGAACAAUCAUCACUGCCCCUCCGUUGUUACAAAUGCGGGGAGAUUGACCACAUUGUGUCCAAUUGUCCCCGGCUGGAUGAACCAAUGGACUGUGGAAGGGUUCACAGCCACAGAGAUGAAGAAGAAACACCUGCUUUUUCUUGGAUGGGUUUGACAGAGGAGAUGUGUCAGGCAAACAUGAACAUGGUGCAGAAAAAGGCAGUAAAUAUUAAGAAAGAAGUCGGUGAAUGGGAAUCUGUGCAGCCUAAACAGGAGCGUCUCUGUAUUACUGAUGAGCAUAGUGAACUGGGGUCAGUAGACAUUAAAGAAGAAAAAGAGGAGAAGAUUUUCAGUAUGAGCAUGAAGAAAGAUAAAAUUAUAUAUGGUGUGAAGAAAGAUGAACUUGAAUCCAUCCUUAAGUACGGAUGUCAGGAUGGUGCAGUGACCAGGUUAGUCUCCUCUCGGUUUGAACAGGGUUGUUCUCAGGAGCAGACAGUCAAUGGGAGAUCUGAGUGUGCACCGGCUAUCAGGAAGAGGACAGAGAAGACCUCAAAGGCAGCAUCAGGAAAUCAAGUGUCAUCAACAAAUCAUUCUGAAGAAAAUUUACAAGAGAAACCCAGCCUGUCGCCCUCUUCAGUUGCUCAGACCCGUCUUCAGUGCAAAUCAAGACAAAUGAUAUAUGAUGAAAGUAAGAAGACCUCAACCACCUCUUUACAUGUUGGGCAACUAACAAGGAUGGUCUCCGUUAACACUCAACAACAGUUGCAAAAUACAAAUUCAUCAGCUUUGACUGUCUGCCAGGAGAGUAGGGAAACUUUCAGAUCUAAAUCCAGGAGUAAUAAGUUGUGUCACACAAAGCAGAAGACCCAUUGCUGUUCUGAUUGUGGGAAACAAUUCUUGUAUUAUAGCAGCCUUCAGCAGCAUCAGAGGAUUCACACUGGAGAGAAACCGUAUUGCUGUUCUGAAUGUGGCAAACACUUCGCACAAAUGAGCCAUCUCCAGACCCAUAAAAGGAUUCACACCGGUGUGAGACCGUAUUGUUGUACGGAGUGUGGCAAGCAAUUUUUUAUCCGAGGCAAUCUUCAGAGACAUAUUAAAGUUCACACUGGGGAGAAGCCAUAUUGUUGUUUAGAAUGUGGUAACAGAUUUGCAUACAGAAGCAAUUUUAAGAGACACUGCAGAGUUCACAAAGAGAAAAAAGCUUGCAAUCGUGGCGGAAGUACAGAAGUAAAGGAGAUACAAGUGAAAGUAAAGAGAGAAGUCAUAGAGCAGGUUACUCCAAGACAGCCCAGAAACAUUUUAACGGACGCACGGGAGUUACCUUCAUCACCAGAUAAAACUGCAACUGAAACCUUUAGGAGAAAGAGAAAGGUCCUCAAGAACACACACAAGUGAGAUGAACUGCUUCCGUCAAUUGGUAACCAGGUCCAGGUUAACGCUUGAUUUCAGCUAUAGUUACGGCAAGCAAACCCCAAAAGAUGUUCAUCGUCAUUUUCAAUAAGUCUAUAGAAAGUUGUACCAGUUGAGAAAACUGCAGGUUGUAAAACCAGCAAAAAAAAAAAAAGCCUGAAUAAUAGAGC